AUGGUAGCGGCAGUAGCUUAUAUCCGAGUCAUUCAUACUGCUACUACAUCAAAGCAUAACGGUAACACUAUGCCAGUGCUCAACGAUGAUCCAGCCUAUGAUUCAGACGAGCAUGAUGGCUGGGGCAUAAGUGGAUUCAAUGAUGGCAAAGGCUUACGGUUCAACGUUGAAUUUGUUCCCCUUCAAGACAUGGCAGGCACAUCAAAACGACGUAAAAAUGCGAAACCAAAGGCGAUCAACAAAGUUGUAUACAUUCACGAGGAUUUCGACCUGAAAGACAUGCUUGUGAAAGAUAUCACACUCGAAGGAGAAGAAGAUUAUGCAGAGAUGGUUGGGCAAGUACAAGGGAAGAAGAGUGCCGAGGGUACAUUAAUUCUUGUCGAGAACAAGGUGACCAUUCAGGAGAUACCAAACAGCAACUCACAAGAUGCUGAUGAAUCAAAUGACGAGGCAGAGCCACAGAGGCCACAGAAACGACAAUCUCUGAAUGCACUGGAUUCAGACGAUGACACGCAGCCACAAAAAAAGGCAAAAAGGCAAUCCCAAGUUCGUGAACCAACUGUUGAGGAGCAAGAACAAGAUAAGAUCAUCAAGAAUUUACAAGACCACUACCACUGUGAAGAUAAAGCUUGCCCAUACAAUCAAUGCUGGCCUGCUGGCAUGUCCGUCAAUGACCAUCAAGCAAAAAUUGAUGGAGUCAACAUCGACCAUCCUCCAAAUAGCAAAAUGUUUGACCCACCCGCACGCAGGGGAUCUAGCUCCUCCAAAGACAAUGACAUUCUUGCAUUGGCUAAACGACGAAGAAAUCAAAUUACACAAGACUCUAAACUGUCAUCGAAUAUCACUGUCAACUUUUCUGGCCUUGCAGAGCUCCUCAGUACAGCCCACCAAACUCCAGCACCUCAGCCUGAUGUUUCUUCUACUGUCCAGCAGCCUUCUCAACCAACUCAAGUCCCGCCUCGUCUUAGCCUUCAAGCCUUCUGUGAUUUGUACGAUCUCCCACUCUCAGUCUAUGAUAAACUCAAUAGCCAUCAAAUUACGGAUAAUCAACUGCGCACAGAGUGUGUGUUGUCAAUCGGAGAACUUGCAGCAGUACGGGAUGCUGAGGAACGUUGGAAGGAGUCCCACUGA